AUGACCAGUCCUAAAGAUCCUGCUAAAGAUACAAAUAUAUCUGAGGCGCCGGCGGCAGAUCUCGAAUCCGAACAUAAUAGUCAAGAUCCGGGAGAAUGGCUGUACAAAUCCGACAGAGCAGAGCUUACAGAACUUACACCAGUCGAAGCGUUCAAAUGGAGUGUAGAGGGAGACCAAUCGCCUUUUCCGGAGGUUGCGGCUUGUGUAUCCAACAAAGAUGAUCCCACGAUCGCUUGCAAUACUGUGCGGGCUUGGAUUUUAAUGACGAUAUUUGUUAUACUAUUCUCCGGAGUCAAUCAAUUUUUCGGCUUACGCUAUCCCUCACUCACAAUAGGUUAUGUUGUUGCUCAAAUCCUCGUUUUUCCAAUUGGUAGAGCAUGGGAGAAGCUCCCGAAAUGGAGGGUUCCUCUAGGAAAACUUUCAUUUGAUGUCAACCCAGGAAAAUUUACCAUCAAGGAGCACGCCUUCAUUGUUAUUUGCGUUAAUAUCAGUGCUACUACUGCUUACGCGCAAGGUGCCUUGGUAGCAAUCGUCAGUCCUGUAUAUUGGAACCGUGACCUCGGAGCCGGCUUCUCAUUCCUUUACCUCCUGACAACCCAAAUGAUUGGAUUUGGUCUGACAGGCCUUGCCCGCCGUUGGAUCGUAUACCCUGCUGCCUUAGUCUGGCCUACUUCACUAUCAUCCACUGUUCUUUUCCGCGCACUACAUGAGCCUGAAAGCCGUACGCCGGUCAAUGGUUGGACUAUUAGCCGCUAUCGCUUCUUUGGCUACAUAACAGCAUUUGCGUUCGUUUUGUUUUGGUUCCCAGACUACAUCUGGACAAGUCUGAGUACAUUUGCUUUUGUGACAUGGAUUGCGCCUCAAAAUCAGAAGGUCAACACGAUAUUUGGAAUGAAUUCCGGAUUAGGUCUUAUACCUAUUAGUAUCGACUGGACGCAAAUCAACUACGCCGGCUUCCCCCUUAUGACCCCCUUCUACAUCACAUGCAAUGCCUUUGCUGUUGUCGUUUUCUUUUACCUUUUCUUGUCGCCAAUUUUGUACUACUCUAAUGUGUGGUAUAGCGCAUACCUUCCUCUCCUCUCAUCAAGUACCUUUGACAACACGGGACAUUCAUACAACGUGUCUCGUGUACUCGACACAGCUUUAAACUUCAGUGAAAGCAAGUACAAGGAGUACUCUCCCAUGUAUAUCUCAAUGUCCUAUUCUCUCACCUAUGGACUGUCUUUUGCUGCGGUUACCGCAAUCGUGGUGCACACCUACCUUUACAAUGGCACUGAAAUUUGGGCCAGAUUUAAGAAUGCACAGCAUGGAGGUGAAGAUGUUCACCGCAGACUGAUGCGCCAAUAUAACGAGGUUCCAGAAUGGUGGUAUGGAGUUCUCACGGUGGUGGUUUUGGGACUUGGUAUCUUGACGACCACGUACUGGAACACAGAGCUGCCUGUUUGGGGCUUUAUUGUGGUUUGCUUCGGAUUAGCAGUGCUUCUAAUUGUCCCUGAGGGCAUUCUGCAAGGAACCACAAAUCAGCGCGUGUUCCUCAAUAUCAUUACGGAGAUGAUCGCAGGAUACGCCUGGCCAGGAAAGCCUAUCGCUAAUCUGAUGGUGAAGUGCUACGGAUAUAACGCAGUCAAACAUGGCAUGGAUUUCGCCCAAGAUUUGAAACUCGGGCAGUACAUGAAAAUCCCCCCACGUGUGCUGUUCUUUGGUCAGAUCUAUGCUAGUAUCCUGGCGACAGCAACUCAGACCGGAGUCUUACGAUGGAUGAUGGGACACAUUUCUGACCUCUGUGAACCAACUAACAAACAACGCUUCACAUGCAACGGUGCCAAGGUGAUGUACAACGCUUCUUUGAUUUGGGGUACCAUUGGUCCACAGCGAAUGUUCCAGUCUGGACAGGUAUACAAUGGCCUUGUCUACUUCUUUCUCAUUGGGCCCGUUGUCACUGGACUUGUGUACCUCAUUUACCGCCGCUACCCCAACAGCUGGGUUCGUUAUAUCAACGUUCCAAUUUUCUUCAAUGCUGCAGGCAAUAUUCCUCCUGCAAACACCACUCAAUAUUCCCUCUGGUUCAUCGUUGGUUUCCUCUUCAACUACAUGAUUCGCAAGCGUGCAUUUGACUGGUGGAAGCGCUACAACUAUUUGCUCCAAGCUGCCAUGGAUACCGGCACCGCGAUCGCGACUAUCAUAAUUUUCUUCGCACUGGGCUACCAUGCUGUGACUUUCAAGUGGUGGGGAAACACAGUGGGAUCUAAUACGGCAGAUGCAAAUUCUGUGCCGUGGUUGACUGUUGCUAAAGGAAGCUUUUUUGGAAAGGGGCCUGGAGAGUUUUGA